AUGACUUCCAACGAGAGCGACGGAUACGUGUUCCAGCGCAAUGCAAACGCGAGUUCGAGACUUCAUUAUCAGUACUACCUCUGGCAAGACACGUUUCGUUUCCACCUUCACCCAGAUAUACCGCAACUUGAACCUGAUGCACGCAUUGCGGACGUGGCAACAGGUACAGGAAUAUGGCUCUCUGAUCUGUCUCGCCAGCUCCCCUCCACUACACAGCUCCACGGCCUAGACAUCAGCCUCGACCAGCUCCCCCCUCCAAAUCUCACACCUCCAAACGCCACCUACCAUGAAUGGGACCUCUACACCCCGCCGCCGGCUGAGCUCCGGGGCAUCUUUGACGUGGUGCACAUGCGCCUCAUCGGCGUGGUCAUCAAGGACGCCCAACCGGCCCGCAUCCUCGCAAAUGUCGCCCAGCUCCUGAGGCCCGGGGGAUACCUGCAGUGGGAGGAGCGCUAUACCCCAGAGGCGAGGGUCAUGCACGGCUCUGACUGGAAUUCUAUCCCGCCCGCGGACGAGUUCCCCGGGGUGCAGCCCCUGUACCACGUUAUGAACGACUCGUUGAGCACGUCGGACGGAUCAAGGCUGCUGCUCGGGUCUCGACACUGGCUGGACACGCUGGAGCGGACGAUCGAGGACGAGGGGUUCGAGGAGGUGCGGAGGGUGCUGUACCGCGAUGCCCCGGCCAUGGGCAUGUUUUGGAAUGAUGUGUAUGUGGCGUCUGUGGAGGAACUUACGCUGCGUAUGUUGGGCGUCGAUCCAGUCCUGGGGAACGAACUCCAGGAGAUGAUUGAGCGGGUCGAGACGGAGAAACGCAUGGGGGUGUGGCUAUCGAGUCCCAAGGCGGUGUUCCUUGGGAGGCGGAAGGGGUGA